AUGGGUGUCCCAGCGCUGUUCCGAUGGCUCUCCAACAAGUAUCCGAAGAUUGUCUCUCCGGUUAUUGAAGAGCAGGCCCAGGUGGUCGACGGAGAAGAAAUCCCAAUCGACAUCACUCGCCCGAACCCUAAUGGCGAAGAGCAGGACAACCUCUAUCUGGACAUGAAUGGUAUUGUUCAUCCCUGCACUCAUCCAGAGGGGAAACCUCCCCCAGCGGACGAGCAGGAAAUGAUGAUGGAGAUCUACAAGUAUACCGAUCGAGUAGUCAACAUGGUGCGCCCCAGAAAGCUUCUCAUGAUCGCUAUCGAUGGUGUUGCUCCAAGAGCGAAGAUGAACCAGCAGCGUGCACGUCGAUUCCGCUCAGCGCAAGAGGCCAAGGAGAAUGAUCAGAAGAAGGAGGAACUUCACAAGAUGCUCGCCCAGCAGCAUGUUAACAAGACCGGCGAACAGUUGAUUCGGGAGGAGGUUGUUCAGAAAACGUGGGACAGCAACGUCAUCACCCCAGGAACGCCUUUCAUGGAUAUCCUUGCUGCCUCGUUGCGGUAUUGGAUUGCCUACAAGCUUAACACCGACCCUGGUUGGGAGAAUUUGAAAAUCAUCAUUUCGGAUGCCACAGUCCCAGGAGAAGGAGAGCACAAGAUCAUGAAUUUUGUGCGAUCGCAGCGAGCAUCGCCUAAUCACGAUCCCAACACUCGUCAUGUCAUCUAUGGUCUGGAUGCUGAUCUGAUUAUGCUGGGUCUUGGUACCCAUGAGCCUUAUUUCCGAGUACUGCGUGAAGAUGUGUUUGCCCAAGACUCAAGGCCUCGGGGGUGUCGACUUUGCGGACAGAAUGGCCAUAAGGCCGAGGAAUGUCUAGGCCGUCCGAAAGAGAAGAGUGGUGAACACGACGAGAAGCAAAAUGCUGCCCCUUUGAAGCCAUUCAUUUGGCUUCAUGUCGCCGUGCUAAGAGAAUAUCUUGCUGUAGAGCUUCGUGUUCCUCAACAACCGUUCCCAUUUGACCUGGAGCGUGCACUGGAUGACUGGGUCUUCAUGUGCUUUUUCGUCGGAAACGAUUUCCUUCCUCACCUGCCCUCUUUGGAUAUUCGUGAAAACGGUAUUGAUACCCUGAUUGCGAUCUGGCGUGACAAUCUCCCCGCUAUGGGAAGUUACCUUACCAAAGAUGGAAGCGUUGAGUUAAAAAACGCUCAAAUUAUCUUGCAGGGACUGGCAAAACAAGAGGAUGCUAUCUUCGCACGCCGCAGGCAAGCGGAUGAAAGAAAGCAAGCAAACGAGAAGAGACGGAAGGAGCAAGAUGCGGCUCGUAAUGAAGAGCGUGCCCAAAAGCGAAGACGGAGUUCUCCCCAGCGUGACUUGACAGCUGGCGAUCGCUCUCGCGGCGAGCCCGCCCCUCCCAUGGAACUCAUCACCCCUGGCCGGGGCCACCUGAACAAGGAGACUAGAGAGCUGACACACAGCAUGGUAAUCAACCGCGGGGCCGUGUACCGUGCUAACAUGGAGAAUAAGAGCGCCGCCGCUGUGCUGAAGAGUAGACUCAUGAAGCGCAGCCAGGAUGAAGCUGGAAACAGCGAAACUCCUGUCACAGAUGGCGAGGAAAUAUCAAGCGAAAUCCCAGAACAGGCUUCUCCUGGGAUUCUCGGAAAACGAAAGGCGGAUAUAGCCGAACCGGAUGUUACCGAGGCAGGAACCCCGGGCAGAGACUCCCCUCCGCCUGUCCCCAUUGUUGCUGAAAAGCCCAAACAAGAUGAGGUUCAAGAAGACACCGUCAAGUUGUGGGAGCCGGGAUACGCCGAUCGAUACUAUGAGCAGAAGUUCGGCGUGGAUCCCAAAGAUUUAGAAUUCCGCCACCAGGUCGCUCGCGAAUAUGCGGUUGGUCUUUGUUGGGUUUUGCGAUACUACUUCCAGGGCUGUCCCUCUUGGACUUGGUAUUAUCCAAGGCACUAUGCGCCAUUUGCCGCUGAUUUCGUUGAUAUCGCCGAUAUGGACGUCCAGUUCGAGAAGGGCACGAUAUUCAAACCAUUUGAACAGCUAAUGGGAGUGCUGCCCGCCGCGUCUAACCACGCGCUGCCGAAGGUUUUCCAUCCUCUCAUGGAAAACCCCGAUAGCGAGAUCAUCGAUUUCUACCCGGAGGACUUCCCCCUGGACUUGAACGGCAAGAAAUUUGCCUGGCAAGGAGUGAUCCUGCUCCCUUUCAUCGACGAAAGUCGUCUACUUAAUGCCAUGGCCAAGGUAUAUCCUCUUCUUACCGAGGAGGAAAAGAUUCGCAACUCCCAUGGUCAAGACGUUCUUCUACUAUCCGACCGAAACCCCUUGUACCAAGAUCUUGUUGCGAACUUCUACUCCAAGAAGCCUGGUCCGGCACAGUAUACCCUCAAGGAGGAUGUGAGUGACGGCCUAGCCGGUAUUGUCGAGCGCAGCGACACCUAUAUCCCCCACAGCUCGUUGGUAUCGCCAUUGGAGGCGCAUGGGAUGCCAGGAGUUGAUGACGAUCGUUCUCUCACUGUAUUGUAUAAAAUCCCAAAGUCUUCUCAUGUCCACAAGUCUAUGCUUCUCCGCGGGGUGAAGCUACCGACGCCAAUGCUAGACUCAAACGAUAUCAGAGCUACCCAGAACCGAUCGCAAAAUUCAGGCCGGUCAUUCGGUGGCGCACCUUUCCAGGGCAGAGGACGUGGCGGUCGGAUGAACUACUCGAGUGACCGUCCGAACCCAUUCGCUGCGCACCUUGACCCGAAAUUCAACACCGGCCCACAAGGUGGUGCCGGUGGUGCCCCCAUGGUACCUCCUGGAUGGGUUCCCCCUGGCCAAGGGUACGGAGGCUACGCCAGAGGACCCCCUCCUCCUCCACGUGGCGGGAUGUCACACCAGUACCCACCCCAACAUAGCUACCAACAGCCUGGGGACUAUUACCCCCAGCAGAACAACCAGUACAACCAAGGUGGCCAGUACAAUAACGCACAUCAAUCGGGUUAUGGCUCUCAAGAUCAUCGAGGCGGCAGAGGAGGUAACCGUGGCGGCCGCGGCCGUGGUGGGCAGCACCGAGAUCACUACCCCCACAAUCAAGGUGGAGGUGGAUAUAAUCGGUACUAG